AUGAUCGCACUCGGCCUCGAAGGCUCCGCCAACAAACUCGGCGUGGGCAUAAUCCUGCACUCCAAAGACAAAAGCAACCCGGUUCAAAUCCUGUCUAACAUCCGACACACAUAUCACGCCCCUCCCGGUGCAGGCUUUCUGCCAAAGGACACGGCUUUACACCAUCGAAGCCACGUCGCGUCGCUCGUCUCCAGCGCCCUUCGCGAAGCAAACCUCACCCCGUCAGACGUCGACUGCAUAUGCUACACAAAAGGGCCCGGGAUGGGUGCACCCUUGCAAUCCGUCGCAUUGGCCGCGCGCACGAUAUCCCUCCUGUGGAACAAACCCCUGGUAGGAGUGAACCACUGUAUCGGGCACAUCGAAAUGGGCCGGUCGAUCACAGGCGCCACGAACCCCGUCGUCUUGUACGUGUCCGGUGGAAACACCCAGGUGAUAGCCUACACGUCGAACCGGUACCGCAUUUUCGGCGAAACCCUUGACAUCGCCGUGGGAAACUGUCUGGACCGCUUCGCGCGCACGUUGAACAUCCCCAACGACCCGGCGCCCGGGUACAACAUCGAGCAACUCGCCAAAUCCGGCAAAGUCCUGGUCGACUUGCCAUACGCCGUCAAGGGCAUGGACUGUUCAUUCUCCGGUAUCCUGGCUCGUGUCGACGAAUUAGCCGCCCAGAUGAAGAGCGGCAUACUAAAAGAUCCCAGCACUGGGAAACCAGUCACGGCAGAAGAUCUCUGUUUCUCGCUCCAGGAGACGGUCUUCGCCAUGCUCGUUGAAAUUACCGAGCGUGCCAUGGCACAUGUUGGCUCAAACCAGGUCCUCAUCGUUGGGGGGGUCGGAUGCAAUGAGCGGCUUCAAGAAAUGAUGGGCACGAUGGCGAGGAGUAGAGGUGGAGACGUGUAUGCGACUGACGAAAGAUUUUGUAUUGACAAUGGGAUUAUGAUUGCACAUGCGGGAUUACUCGCGUAUCAGACCGGUUUUAAGACCGAGCUGGCGGACAGCACCUGUACACAACGGUUUCGAACUGAUGAUGUGUAUGUCGCAUGGAGGGACGACUGA